CUUUUCGGGAGCGGGCAGUACGGUGCAGGAGGCGAGUGGGGACGGGCAUCGAUUUUCUUCAUCUCUCUAGCUGCCAGGGCUUCUCCCUGCCGUGCCAGGACAGCGCCCGCAGACUUGGUUCUUUUUUGGGUUGGCCCCAGGACUUGAUUGCCGCCGUCGCUCCUUCUGACUUGCCUCCCUGCGGUGCGGAACCGGGGGCCGGGCGGGAUUCUACUAAGCGGGACCGCGGAGCUUGGAGCCAAAGGGGGACGGGGCCUUUCCCCCUCCCCCUCAAGGGAAGAUCUGCCCCCCCGAACCCCCCCCCCGCGCCGGACAAGCGGGGCAGGGGAGGGGAACGGGUAUCCAAAGAGAGCCAGCUUCCUUCCCCUCUACACGUUUCAGCAUCGGUGGAUAGGACUUCAGGACUUGGACUUGUCCAGCCGCGUCCCCCCUUGGACUCGGGGACCACCCAGACCGCCCGACACUUUGUCGGGUUGUUUUUUUCCUCUCGUACCGAGUCCCCCCACCCUCGGUCCAGCCUUGGCUUCCAGGCGGCCUCAGCGCGGUCACAGGCCACCCCCUGGGGUGCCCGGGGAGAUGUUUCAAGCCUUCCCCGGAGACUACGACUCCGCCUCCCGGUGUAGCUCGUCGCCGUCGGCUGAGUCCCAGUACCUGUCAUCUGUGGACUCCUUUGGCAGCCCCACGACUGCCGCUGCCUCUCAGGAGUGUGCUGGCCUUGGUGACAUGCCUGGCUCCUUCGUGCCCACCGUCACUGCCAUCACCACGAGCCAAGACCUCCAGUGGCUGGUCCAGCCCACCCUCAUCUCUUCCAUGGCCCAGUCCCAGGGCCAGCAGCCACCCCUGGGCCCCCAGCUGCCCACCGUCGACCCCUAUGACCUGCCUGGCACCAGCUACUCUUCCCCUGGGAUCAGCGGCUAUGGCAGCGGCGCUGGACCCUCUGGGGCAGCUUCAGCCGGUCCUCCGCCCUCACGCCCUGCACGGGCCAGGCCUCGACGGCCCAGAGAAGAAACGCUCACCCCUGAAGAAGAGGAGAAGAGGAGGGUCCGACGGGAACGCAACAAACUGGCUGCAGCCAAAUGUCGGAAUCGAAGGCGGGAGCUGACAGACCGUCUACAGGCGGAGACGGACCAGCUGGAAGAGGAGAAGGCCGAGCUGGAGUCAGAAAUCGCCGAACUCCAGAAGGAGAAGGAGCGGCUGCAGUUUGUGCUGGCAGCCCAUAAGCCGGGCUGCAAGAUCCCUUUUGAUGAGGGGCCCGGGCCGGGGGGCCCCCUGGCAGAGGUGAGAGCUUUGCCUGGGCCCACGCCCACUAAGGACGAUGCCAUCGGGUGGUUCCUGCCGCCGCCGCCCCUGCCCUUCCAGACCAGCCAGGAGCCCGGCCAGGAUGGGCCCCCAGACCUGACGGCUUCUCUCUUUACACACAGUGAGGUCCCAGCCUUCGGCGACCCCUACCCUGUUAACCCUUCGUAUACCACCUCGUUUGUACUCACCUGCCCGGACGUCUCCGCAUGCGGCGGUGCCCAGCGCAACGGCAGCGACCAGUCCUCUGACUCCCUGAACUCGCCCUCCCUCCUUGCUCUGUGAAUUCUGUUAGAGGGAGGGGGCGCUUCUCUCUGGAGACAAAAAACUGGGGGGAGGUUGCUAGACCCCCCUCCACUCUUUUGGCCCGCGCCGACCCGAGGAUCCCUUUCAUCCUCGAGGGGUCACUGACGCCAGUCAGCCUCUCUCCAACCUUUGGCCAUCAACCACCGGAUUCCUCUGGACCUGAGGCUUCGCUCUGGGCGGCCGGCCACCACCACCACCACCACCGACUGGAUCCACCUGGACUCGAGGCUUCCCUUCGCCCCUCCUGCCCCUCAGUCUGACGCCUGGCCCUUCCUUGAGCCCCCCCACCUUCGACCCUUGGAGCUGCCUAUCGGACCCUCCACUCUGACUGUCGCCACUGAGAAAGGCGAAGACUUUGUGGGGGCCUCGCUCCUGGGGGAGGAGGGCGCGGGAAAAGGUAUGGAGAGAGUCGUGGGUGCCGUGCUUGGCCUGCGAGCCAUCUGGGGCUGGGGGCUUCGCUGGGGAGGGUCUGGGAGAAAGGUUCAAAGGCUUGUUUGUGAUGGAAGCUCAGGCCCUUCCCCAAGGCGCCCACCAUCGCUCUUUCCCAGCCACCCUCCCUAGAAGAGUAUUAACUUAUUUAGCCACUUUCCAAAGACGAAGCGCCUUCGUCCUGUCCGCCACAGUUGGGGGAUGAGGAGCCCGCCUCAUCUUCCUUAAACAGUAUUAUUCCCAGCCCCCCCCCCACCUGCUUCCCCUCCCCUCGCCCCUGCCCGCCUCGAGCCCUCCGUGUUUUUCUCUGGGCUUUCCUUCUUUCGUGUGGUUGGUAAAGGAGGGUGACUCACUUUUCACCCUUGCCCCUAGCUCUGAGGGAUUUAUACUGUGAAACGAGGUCUCGGGGAAGGGCAGGGACCAGGGAAGUCCAGGCCAGUCCCCCCAUCUCCCUUGGGGGGGCGGAGAAAUGAGGGGGAUGUUCCCCUUUGCCCCAGAGGCCUGGAAGCCUCCUCUGUUGGUCCCCCAUCGCUUCAUGCUGUCACAGUAUUUCUUUCUCCUUUUCACUCGACCAGUGAGGCGAGCUCCUUCGGGUUGGGGGCUCGGCCCCCGCCCUGCCCCUUCUGAGGGCAUCCCAGCCCUGUUUACCGUCCUCCUCCACUCCCCAUAACCCCAGCCUAGGACGCCAACUUCCUCCUCUAGGAAGAGUGGGCCAGCUCUCUUGGGGAGAAGUUCAGAGCUGAGGCUUCUGGCCUUUGGGGGCAACCGAACUGGUGAACUGGCCCUUCCCCUUCUCAUCCUUCGCUGAAAAUUGGUGGUCCUUUGGGGAGAAGGGGUUGCUGGAGGACAGUGAUCCCGAAGCAGCCAUUGCUGUUGGGAGCUGGAUGGUCCAGUGCCAGCCCUAGAGUUUAGCCCCAUUCAGAUCUACCUGCCCCCUGAUGCACCCCCGGACCUCUCCUCCUCCUCCUCCUCCUUUUUAAAUUUUUAUUUGAGGAACUGGUAUCUUAACUUAUUUGUCACUGGGCUGAUGAAAAGGAUGGAUACCCAGCCUCGGGCUCUCCCUGGCCAUGUCCCUUCUCUUGCCCCCAAACACCCCCUGCCUUCGCCCCUUCUGUUUUAUUGGCGGAUUUCCUCAUUUACAGUUGAGGAAAAUUCAGCUCUGAGGCUUUAAGUGAUUAAAUGGCCAGAAUCUCAGAAGUGUUAGGGAUUUGAACCCAGUACCUAUGAUGGGUCAAUAGGACAAUGAGACACAUCUUGGAGAGCCUAAGCUAUUACUCCCCUUAGCUCCCUCCCCAGGCUAAAUCCUCCAGGCCUUAGGAAAGGGCCUAGAGUCCAAUCAGGCUGCCCCCUCCCCAUGCCUCCCUCUCCCCUUUUGCCUCAAGUCCUAAGAAAUGUUCAAAAGAAGAGAAAUUCCCAUUUAAAAAAUAGAGGGGUCUGGGCCGUCCUUCUUGCUCUAGCCCCUUCUUACUGCAUGGACAACAUUCCACACCAGACCUGUAUCCUCACUAACCACCCCAACUCCAAAUCCCUGGCCUCAGCAAUUUCACCCUUUCCUGGUUUCCAAAAGGCACUAUAUCUAUUCUGUAUAAAUAUAUAUAUUAUAUUAUAUUAUAUAUAUGGUGUGUGUGCGUAUGUGUGUGCGCGUACAUGUAUGUGUGUGUCAGGCUAGAAUCCUGCCCCCUCCAGGCCCUCACGUUGUGUGACUGAAAUGGAAGUUUGACAAUCAGGGUACUCUGUCUCUGUCUCUCCCUCUCUCCCUCUGUUUCUCUCCCUCCAUCCCUCUCUCCCUCUGUUUCUCUCUCCCUCCAUCCCUCUCUCUGUCUCUCUCCCUCUGUUUCUCUCCCUCUAUCCCUCUCUCUCUGUCUCUCUCCCUCUUUCUCUCCCUCCUUCCCUCUCUGUCUCUCUCCCUCUUUCUCUCUCCCUCCAUCCCUCUCUCUCUGUCUCUCUCCCUCUUUCUCUCCCUCCUUCCCUCUCUCUCUGUUUCUCUCCCUCUUUCUCUCCCUCCUUCCCUCUCUGUCUCUCUCCCUCUAUCCCUCUCUCUCUCUCCCUCUGUUUCUCUCCCUCCAUCCCUCUCUCUCUGUGUCUCUCUCCCUCUGUCUCUCUCCCUCCAUCCCUCUCUCUCUCUGUCUCUCUCCCUCUGUCUCUCUCCCUCCAUCCCUCUCUCUCUGUCUCUCUCCCUCUUUCUCUCCCUCCAUCCCUCUCUCUCUGUCUCUCUCCCUCUUUCUCUCCCUCCUUCCCUCUCUCUCUGUCUCUCUCCCUCUUUCUCUCCCUCCUUCCCUCUCUGUCUCUCUCCCUCUUUCUCUCCCUCCAUCCCUCUCUGUCUCUCUCUCCCCUCCUCUCUCCCUUUACUCUGUCUCUGCUCCCCUCCCUCCCUCCCAGUGACCUUGCUACCAUUCUGCCCCUCUCUUUGUCUCUAAGGACCUUCACGCUGUCUGUCUGGCUAUCCCUCGCUUUCACAAUCUGACUCUUCCCUCCAUUUUCUGUCUGUCUUUUUUUCUUUCUGUGUUUGUCUUUGAAAAGGAUUAGUUUUUCCUGUGACCAAACUCAAUGACUAAUUUGUCCCUCCUUCAGGGCCUGUGUGUGUGUGUGUUGAUUGGGAGGAACUCCUGCCAACCACAGUUUAUUGGUUUUCUCCCUGCCAGCCCCUUCCCCCUCAGCCCCAUGCCCAAUGCUGUAUUUGUGACUUUUUUGUAUUUUGUACCUGACCCCAGGAAGGGGCUGGGCUGGGCUGGUUGGUGUUGGGCUAAGUGGUCCGUCUCCCUCCAAUCCCCGGAAUCUGCCUCAAGUGUUUCAACCCACCCAAUAAAAAGGCUUUACAAAAACA